GAACAAUGGGACUACAGUGGCUUGGAACUAAAAUGACUGUUGUACUCGUUGUUUUCAGAUUUCUACCGGUGCACGCAGCAGUUGGACAUCUCAGAAGACGCCAUAGAAAGCCAUGCAGUCUUGCCUUUACACUGCCUUACUACUGGUACAUUAAUUGGAUACCAUGCUAUUUUUUUGCUUGCUUUCACGAUGAUAUUUAAUUGUGGUAUCUGUGACUUUAGAAAUACCUCAGUUUCUGACUAUGUGAAACAUUGUAGAACCCAUAGAAACAGUAACAAGGCUAUUUUUCCCUGUGGGUUUCCAGACUGUGGAAGAAGCUUUUCGUCUUACAAUUCUUUUAAUGUUCACUUGUCCAGAUUUCACCACGAAGGGAGGAAGCUGACUUUUAAUCGUAACAUAUCUGUGCAGUUGAAGUGUUCUUGGGAGUUUUGUGGCAAAGAAUGUGAAAGCAUAAAAGGUCUCGUAGCUCACCUUAAGUGUCAUUUGCAAGAGGGUCUUGAAGUGACGUGUCCUUAUAGUGGAUGUGCAAAGACCUUUAAAGUCAUAUCCUCUUUUACAUCUCAUUUAUCAAGAUGUCACAAGCAGUGUGAUGUUACACAUAUUGAUCAAAGUUAUAUCAGGGAAACAACAGAGUAUGCACCUGCUGGUUCGGAUAAUGGGUCAAGCGUUGAUAGUGAAGUACCAACAGUGCAGCAUGAAGGAGAGUCUGACCCAGGGUCAGCCCAGGAUAAUUUCACUGAAAACAUGGCUCUUUUUUUUCUUGGCUUACAAGCAAAGUAUCUGGUUCCUGCAUCUACAGUCUCUGAUAUUGCAAGUGAAAUGAGGUUACUACAGGAUAUGCAGCAUGAGUUUACUAUGGAUUGGUUUUCAAGAGGUCUCCAAGAAUAUGGUGUGCAAGCUGAGGCUUUACAAAAUCUAGGGAAACGUGUGUACGAACAAAGCCCUAUGCAGCGCACCCUACAUGCAAGUAGUGGCACCUUAACUACACACCACAAAAGACUUCAGUUUUACAGGAGAGAAUUCAACUUGGUAGAACCUGUACAAAUAACCUUAGGCCAUGAUGACAAAGGCAAGGCAAGACAUUUUCACUAUGUUCCCAUUCUAGAAAGCUUAAGAGCUUUCUUGAAAAAUGAAAGUGUACAGCUUCAAAUUCUAAAUCCUGUUCAUGCCGACGAGAGCAUGCUAUGUGAUAUUAGAGAUGGUUCGGUCUCUAAAUCUAGUGAACUGUUUGCCUCUGAUCCACAUGCUCUUCAGAUCAUGUUGUUUCAAGAUGCUUUUGAAGUUGCAAACCCUCUUGGGUCCGCCAGGCUAAAACACAAAGUUCUUGCUGUGUACUACACUUUAGGUAAUGUCUAUGCACACCACCGAUCCACCGUUGACUCAAUACAGCUUGUACUACUUUGUUUGGAGAAGGACUGUAAGUUUUUUGGACCUGAGAGAGUUUUUGAUGUUUUGUUAUCAGACUUGUGUGACCUGGAGUCAAAAGGCAUUUGUGUUGAAGGGAAAACUUUCAGAGGUAGUAUUGCCUGUGUCAUUGGAGACAAUCUUGGGUCCCACUAUCUUGGGGGAUUUACUGAAAAUUUCAGCUGUGCUGAAUAUUUUUGCAGGUACUGUCAUAUUAAAAAAGGGGAUUUUCAAAAAAAUCCUCUUUCUACAGCCACAGAGAGAACACCAGCUAGUUACAGUGAAUCCUUGCUGGAGUUGGAAAAUAACCCAGAUAUCCUAAUGCACAAAGGCAUCAAGUCAAACAGUGUUUUGAACAAACUCACACAUUUCCAUGUUUGUGCACCAGGACUUCCACCCUGCCUUGCCCAUGAUUUAUUUGAGGGCAUAGUUGACUAUGAUUUGGCAAUGUACCUGCAUUUCCUUGUAAAAUCAAGAAAGUGGUUCAGUUAUGAUGUACUUAACCGCAGAAUUGUGACUUUUAGAGGUGAGAGUCAGAAUAAGGCUAAUGUUCUGCAUAACAAUGGGACCAAACUUGGGGGACAUGCUGCCCAAAACUGGUGGCUUCUUCGGUUCUUGCCAGUACUGUUACAUGACAAGAUUAGAGACCCUAAGGAGGAAGUUUGGCAACUUGUAUUGCUACUCAAGCAGGUGGUUGAGCUUGUGUGUGCUCCUACACUGUCACAAUCACAGGCUGCCUACAUGAAGGUCCUCAUUGAGGAGUACAUAGAAACAAGGCAUGUACUCUUCCCACUUAAAAAGCUUCGACCCAAACAUCAUUACCUUUUACAUUAUUCAGAUCUCACAUUAAAGUUUGGACCCUUAAUUCGCAUAUGGACUAUGCGAUUUGAGAGCAAGCACAGCUACUUUAAGAGGUGUAUUCGGGCAAGUAAGAACUUCAGAAACAUCACAAAAUCCCUUUCAGAGAGGCAUCAGUUGCUGCAGGCCUACCAAAGCAUGGGCAAUGUGUUUUCCCCUGAGUUUAUCAUGUCUGACUGUACAAGGUUUUACCCAGAAUUGUAUGAUAGUCAGGUUAAGGACGCGCUAAAAGUGUUUGAUGUCUCGCCAUCAAAUGCAGUAGUGACAGACAAAAUUACUGUACGAGGCACAUGCUAUGCAAAUGACAUGCUUGUUAUUUUGAGCUGCGAGGGUGGAGAGUUAACUCUCGGGCUUAUUGCAUGCAUUGUAGUGAAACAACAAAAGACUGUGCUUCUUUUGCUUCGACAGAAAAGAGCAAGUCUUGAUCCAGAUCUUGGUGUUUUUGAAGUAGAGAGUGAAGGUGGUACUUUUAUUUGCCAAAGACUUGAUGGGCUUCUUGAUUACACCCCACUUAGACACUACCAUAGAGGUGGCAGACUGCUGGUUACUCUUAAACACAGUCCACCAUGGAACCUGUAAGGGAGAAGAUCAGAAGCACACUGCCUUCACUGGAAGAGGAGCAAACAGAGACUCUUGUCACAAAGUUGACAGAUAUUGGAGUUAAAAAUCUGGAAGACUGCACAUUUUUAACAGCAGCUGACUUGGAUGGGAUUUUGUCGUUAAUACAGUCCAGGCGGCUGAUACAUGCAUUCUCCUCAGCAUCUCAGAGCACCUUGGUUGUGUCCGGUGCUCCAAAUGA